AUGGCCGAGACCGAGGUGAAGGCCGUGACCUUCGGGCAAGACGUCAUCACCACUACCGUCACGUCCUCCGGCAGGGCCGUUGAGCGCUGGAUCUCGGAGGUCCUCUCAGUGCACCGCCCUGGCGGCAUCCGCUACGACGUCGUCGUGGGGCUCGACAUCGAGUGGCGCCCCAACUUCCGCGGCCCGCAGAACCCCACCGCCACACUGCAGCUCUGCGUCGACCGCCGCUGCCUCAUCUUCCAGCUCCUCCACGCCGACUACUUGCCCGUCGGCCUGGGUAGGUUCCUCGGCGACCGCACGAUCCGCUUCUUCGGCGUCGGCGUGGAGGCGGACGCGGAGCGGCUCAGAGACGACCACGGCCUGGAGGUGGCCAACGCGGUGGACCUGCGGGGCCGCGUGGCGGAGUACAUGGACCGCGCGGACCUGCGCCAGGCUGGGCUGCGCGCCAUCGUGGGCGCCGUCUUGGGCGCCGACCUCGUGAAGCCGCGGAGGGUGACCAUGAGCCGCUGGGACGCGCGCCGCCUCAGCGACGAGCAGAUCGGCUAUGCCUGCAUCGACGCCUUCGUCUCUUCCGAGGUCGCCCGCAAGCUGCAACGCUACGAGCAGAUCUUAGGUGUGUCUCGUGAAGCUGCUCGAGGGCGAUUACUGACCGAGCCGCGAGGUGUCCUGGCCGUCGCGCAUGGCGCAACGACCGCAAAUUCCAGCUAG